AAUCAAAUUUAUUUGCAUCAAACAUUUGAAGAAAUCCUAUCUUCCAAAACCAUCAAAGAAAAUUUUUAGAGGACUCAAAAAGAGUUACAUAAAUCAAAACAAUGGCUUACUGGUCAGCAGAAAAUGCCACAAAAGCCUAUCUCAGCACUAUGAAAAUGGGUCAAAAGGCAAAGGAACCUGCUGUAGCUGAAUUUAUAUCAGCAAUAGCAGCUGGAAACAAUGCACAAUUAAUGGUUGUAGCUUGUGCUGGUGCAGCAGAUCCAACAACACUUGCAUUAGUUGCUGCUGCUAAUCAAACAAAUGGCAAAGUAAUAUGCAUUGUUCCUACCAUCGAAGAUCUAAUCACAUCAAAAAAAAUCCUAGGAGCGGCUUCUAAUCAAGUUCAAUUCAUGAUUGGAAAAGGAGCACAAGAAUUAUUGGUGUUAAACAAAGCUGAUUUUGUGUUAAUUGAUUGCAACCUUAUGAAUCAUGAAGAGAUUGUUAAAUGUGUUCAAAUUGGUUGUUGUAAACAAAAAGGUACAGUUGUUGUUGGUUACAAUGCAUUUAGUUCUAAAGGGUCAUGGAGAUCUUGUGGAUCAAAAACUCAAUUGCUUCCUAUUGGACAAGGGUUGUUGGUAACAAGAUUUGGAGAGAAUAAUGCUAUUAGUCCUAAAUUUGAAUCUGGAAUCAGUAACAGCCCUCGAAGUCGUUGGAUUGUGAAGGUUGAUAAAUGUACUGGUGAAGAACAUGUUUAUAGAGUUAGACUUCCUCAAGGAAAAGUGAUUUAUGCUUGAUUACAUUCGUUCUUGGAUCAAAAUCGGACGUAUUGUAAUCCAAAUUCGAUAAAUUGUGUUCAAAAUGCGAGAUCGAACAUAAGCUGUUCAAUCUUGAUUUGACAGUUCAUAUCGGUAAUGGUGUGACUGCAGAGAAUUCAAAAUCAGCGACUGAUUCUACAUUUAAUUUUUGGGAAUAGGAAAUAUUGAUCAAUUUUGUUCUAUUAUAAGGAAACCAGGAGUGAGUCUUAUCAAUUCAAUUGUACAAAGAAAACUAUAGACAUAUAUAUUACAAAAAUUGAUUUAA